AUGCAAGCUCAAGCUAUUUUUCGUACAAAACUUUCAUUCAGGUUUUUAUUUAAGUUAAAGUUUUUCUUUAAAGAUCAACAUUCAAAUGAUUCAUUAGUACAUUUUAAACUUAAACUUGUAAGUAAAGCUAAUUCAGCACCAAAAGUUCGUGUAUUAUCAAAUAUAAAAGCACUUAAUAUUAAUAGUAUUGUUGUGAUAAAUAAAGAAGAACAACGAAUGAAAGCUGAAGAACGUCGAUUUAAUCAACAAUUACGACAAUGUGAAAGAGCUGCUUAUAGAGAUCUAAAACUGUCAACUAGUUACCUUGAAGAUAAUGAACAAGAAUCAUUAAAUAUAAUUAAACAAAAUAUUCAGGAAAAAUUAAAUUGUUCACAAACAUCAACUUCAAUAAAACAUCGAAAAAUUGCUUUAUCAAAUGAAGAUGAUUCAAAUAAUGAACAACAAAAUAAAAGAAAACGUGUUCAAUUUGUUGGAGAUAAUGAUGAAGAAGAACAUUAG